AUUGAAAGCCGUCAGCAUACACCAUCCCUGUAAUGGACUACAUUAUCCACAAUCCACUUCGCGCAAUUAAUGACGCGGCAAUUUUUUUCUCCUCCUUUCUUCAGCUAGCGAUACAACUCCACCAAAAUCUGUUUAUGUUCAGAACAGAAGAAGCCACGGAGUGAAGGGCACACGUUGAGUGAAGUCGCUCUGCUCUUUUUGAUGAAUGUAGCAAAAAAAGCCAAAUCGAAGGACGUAAAACAAUACAUAUCUAGGUAUAGAGCACUCGAUCGCCGCGUUCUUUUAGUGUUGUGUUUUUUACUUUGCAUCGUUGGAAGACCGCUUACCUGCCUUUGUUAGCUGGAUUGGCUAGCUUACAUUAACCAAAGCUCGCUAGCUCACUUGGAAGCUAGAUAUACGUUAGCCAGCUACGUAGCUGUUGGUUGUACGGCAGAUUGUUUUUACUGAGCUAGCUGGCUAGCAAGCAUCUGCUGGCUGGCUUUUACACCAGCCAGUUCGUCGGAGGACUGUUCGUAUAUCUCUGUCGUUUUGGACAAGUAAGGAUCAACGUUAGAGCAUCACUAGCGUGUGACGCGGCGGCAGCAGCACACAGCAGCAUGCGCGGGCGGAGUUGAGCGAGCGCCGCGGCGUCCUGACGUUCUCUAGCAGGGAGGUACCGCUCCGGUCUACCUCCACACCUCCCUCUUCCUCCUCCUCCUCCUCCUCCUCCUCCUCCCACCCUGCCCCUCCCCCUCCCCCUCUCAGCCGGGCACAUGUUCUCCCCGGAGCAGGAAAACAUCUCCACCGCCUCCACCAAAGUGCCAGUCAAGUACGGAGAGCUCAUCGUGCUGGGGUACAAUGGCUCCUUACCCAACGGAGACCGAGGGAGGAGGAAGAGCCGUUUUUCUCUGUUCAAGAGACCCAAAGCCAAUGGGGUGAAACCCAGCACAGUGCACGUAGCAUGCACCCCUCAGGCAGCCAAGGCCAUAAGUAACAAGGACCAGCACAGCAUCUCGUACACACUGUCCCGGGCUCAGACGGUGGUGGUGGAGUACACGCACGACAGCAAUACGGACAUGUUCCAGAUUGGGCGGUCUACGGAGAGCCCCAUAGACUACGUGGUGACGGACACGGUGCCCGGCAGCCAGAGCAACUCCGACACGCAGUCGGUCCAGAGCACCAUCUCACGCUUCGCCUGCCGCAUCAUGUGCCAGCGCACGCCGCCCUUCACCGCCCGCAUCUUCGCCGCCGGCUUCGACUCCUCCAAGAACAUCUUCCUAGGGGAGAAGGCGGCGAAGUGGAAGACGUUGGAUGGACAGAUGGACGGGCUGACGACGAACGGCGUGUUGGUGAUGCACCCGCGAAACGGCUUCACCGAGGACUCCAAGCCCGGCGUCUGGAGGGAGAUCUCCGUCUGCGGCAAUGUCUUCACGCUCCGCGAGACACGCUCGGCUCAGCAGCGUGGCAAGAUGGUGGAUAAUGAGACCCAGGAGCUGGUGGACGGCUCUCUGAUCGACCUGUGCGGUGCCACGCUGCUGUGGCGCACGGCCGAGGGCCUCUCGCGCACGCCCACCGUCAAGCACCUGGAGGCGCUGCGGCAGGAGCUGAACGCGGCGCGCCCGCAGUGCCCCGUGGGCUUCAACACGCUGGCCUUCCCCAGCAUGCGCCGCAAGGACGUGGUGGACGAGAAGCAGCCCUGGGUCUACCUGCUCUGCGGCCACGUCCACGGCUACCACAACUGGGGCAACCAAGACCGCGAGCGGGGAGGAGGAGGAGGAGGUGAGCGUGAGUGCCCCAUGUGCCGGUCGCGGGGCCCCUACGUCCCGCUGUGGCUGGGCUGCGAGCCGGGCUUCUACCUGGACGCGGCGCCCCCCACGCACGCCUUCGCGCCCUGCGGCCACGUGUGCUCGGAGAAGACGGUGGCCUUCUGGAGCCAGAUCCCCCUGCCCCACGGCACGCACACCUUCCACGCCGCCUGCCCCUUCUGUGCCCAGCAGCUGGGCGGCGAGCAGGGCUACAGCAGACUCAUAUUCCAGGGCCCCGUGGAUUAGAGGGGAGACACUGCGCCCUGCCUCUUCUACUUCCGGAAACCCUUCCUCCUUCUCGCUCUCUCUCUCUCUCUCUCUCUCUCUUUCACACUCUAUGCAUCCUUUUCUUCCUGUCUUUUGAUCUUCCCUCCUUCUUUAGGUCUCCCUGGUUAAACUAUGCUUAUAAUUACAUGUACAGUAUAAGCUAGUGUCUCCUCCUUUUUGUUAUUGCGCUUUUUAAAAGGCUACUACUGCUCGUCCAUCGUUGAGACGAGCGAGACUCUUUUUGGUCGGCGGGUGAGAUUCAGCGAGACUCAAGUCAGAGACUCUCUCCUUUUGAAAACAAUUUCGCUCUCUCUCUCGUUUUUAAGUGACCUUUCUAGUGCUUUUUCUUAUCCAGAAUGAAAAACAAAGAGUAUAUUUUCAA